AUGCUGUCCAGGCAGAGGGCCCCAUCCCCCAACUCCCACCCCUUCUCAGAAACCCAGACAACCAGCUCAGAAACCCAGGAGCCUUCCUCAGGAAUCAAGAGGUGUGAGAAGCGCACCAGCAUCUAUCUGUGCAAAUACCCCUGUGAAGUCCAAGAAGACUGUGAGGCAAGCAACGUGUGCUGUUCCACCUUCUGUGGGAACGUGUGCAUCAACACCCUGUGA